GGCCGGCGCAGCAGGUGGUGGGCCCGCGGGGGCCGCGGGCGAGAGGGCGAGGACUCCCGGCUCCGGGGGUGGAGGCCGGAGAUCGGCGGGUUCACCUCAGACAGCACGCGGGCGCCGGCGGCCGGGGGCCGCUUCCUGUCAGGGUGGUCGCGCUGGGGUCGGGAGCCUUAGUUCUUCAGAGCCGCGGAGGCCGCGACGCGCGCCGCCCCGAGCGGGUUGCAAGCGGUUGGCUGGCGGGGGUCGGAAGGGCCCCGGGCACACUGGGGCGCGUCAGCUCCCCGCCUCCUCCGAGUCUCAGGACCUCUUCGGGAUGUUUUUCCACCUGCGGUGUUUUCAGAAACCAGCCGGAGGCAGCCCGGUGUCUCCAACUCCUGACUGGCACCGGGAAGGGAAUUGGUCUCUUUUUUUCCUGUUUGGGUUUAGCUUGCUUAGGAUUCUAAAUUUUUUGUCUGCUCUUUUGAAAUAGUUAUAUUCAAGUUUUAGCUACCUAAAAAAGUAUGAAAGAAUAUUGUGUUUGAAAUCUUUUUAACUUGAUUUUUAAGUCAUGUGCUAACCCACACAGUUGGGACGCUAUGAUUUACCUUCACAUCUCGGAAGUUGUAACCAGCUGUGAGGAAGUUAGGACCUUGGGGUUACCUAAAGAUAAUUUAUAUUAAGUUGUUGGGCCAUAAAAACUGGGCAGAAUUGGCCACGCGCGGUGACUCAACGCCUGUAAUCCCAGCACUUUGGGAGGCCGACGCGGACUAAUCACGAGGUCAGGAGAUCGAGACCAUCCUGGCCAACAUGGUGAAACCCCGUCUCUACUAAAAAUACAAAAAUUAGCUGGGUGUGGUGGCGGGCGCCUGUAGUCCCGGCUACUGGGAGGCUGAGGCAGGAGCAUCGCUUGAACCCGGGAGGGGGAGGUUGCAGUGAGCCAAGAUCGCGCUACUGCACUCCAGCCUGGCGACAGAGGGAGACUCCGUCUCAAAAAAAAGCCAGGCAGAAUUAAUGAUUUUGAAGCUCCGAGAAACAGGAUUAAAUUCCUCUUUCAAACCGAAAUCGGAAUUUGAUUUUUUAAAAGUGUAAAAUACCAUAAACUUUUAAGAUUUGACUCUGUAUUAGACUCUGAGGAUCCAGUGAUAAAUAAUACAUGCUGUCCCAGCAUCUGAGGACCAGGAAUGAAUCUGAAGUCUGCUGCAGUAAAACACAGAAGGCUUUAAAAUGUUUUCUUGCAUAAAACUCAAAACUUUUAAGUAGCUGCUUAUGAGGAUAGGGAAGGCAGAAAGCUAAUGUCUGUCUCAAGAUACAGGACAGCUGUUUGCUCAUCAACCUCAACUGUGUGUGCAACUGAGGAACAUGGCUCAAGAAACUAAUCACAGCCAAGUGCCUAUGCUUUGUUCCACUGGCUGUGGAUUUUAUGGAAACCCUCGUACAAAUGGCAUGUGUUCAGUAUGCUAUAAAGAGCAUCUUCAAAGACAGAAUAGUAGUAAUGGUAGAAUAAGCCCACCUGCAACCUCUGUCAGUAGUCUGUCUGAAUCUUUACCAGUUCAAUGCACAGAUGGCAGUGUCCCAGAAGCCCAGUCAACAUUAGACUCUACAUCUUCAUCUAUGCAGCCCAGCCCUGUAUCAAAUCAGUCACUUUUAUCAGAAUCUGUAGCAUCUUCUCAAUUGGACAGUACAUCUGUGGACAAAGCAGUACCUGAAACAGAAGAUCUGCAGGCUUCAGUAUCAGACACGGCACAGCAGCCAUCUGAAGAGCAAAGCAAGUCUCUUGAAAAACCAAAACAAAAAAAGAAUCGCUGUUUCAUGUGCAGGAAGAAAGUGGGACUUACUGGGUUUGAAUGCCGGUGUGGAAAUGUUUACUGUGGUGUACACCGUUACUCAGAUGUACACAAUUGCUCUUACAAUUACAAAGCCGAUGCUGCUGAGAAAAUCAGAAAAGAAAAUCCAGUAGUUGUUGGCGAAAAGAUCCAAAAGAUUUGAACUCCUGCUGGAAUACAAAAUUCUUGAGCAUCUGCAAACUAAAAAUUGACUUGAGGUUUCUUUUUUCCUAGUCAUUGGGAAUGUAGAGCAGUGUAUCUUGCAUGUCAUCGGAGGAAUAGAUUUUUGUUUUGGUUUUGUUUUGAAAAUGACUCUGAACAUUUAUUUCCAUUGCAAUUUCUGUGGCUGAGAAGACUUAAACUUUACAAGUAUUAUCCUUUUAAGAUCAUUUUAAUUUUAGUUGAGUGCAGAGGGCUUUUAUAACAAACGUGCAGAAAUUUUGGAGGGCUGUGAUUUUUCCAGUAUUAAACAUGCAUGCAUUAAUCUUGCAGUUUAUUUUCUCAUUGUGUAUGUAUAUAUCGCUUUUCUCUGCAGCACGAUUUCUCUUUUGAUAAUGCCCUUUAGGGCACAACUAGUUAUCGGUAACUGAAUGUAUCUUAAUCGUUAUGGCUGCUUCUGUUUUUUCAUUAACAAAGGUUAUUCAUAUGUUAGCAUAUAGUUUCUUUGCACCCACUAUUUAUGUCUGAAUCAUUUGUCACAAGAGAGUGUGUGCUGAUGAGAUUCUAAGUUUGUGUGUUUAAACUUUUUUUUGAGAGAGGGAAGAAAAAGCUGUAUGCAUUUCAUUGCUGUCUACAGGUUUCUUUCAGAUUAUGUUCAUGGGUUUGUGUGUAUACAAUAUGAAGAAUGAUCUGAAGUAAUUGUGCUGUAUUUAUGUUUAUUCACCAGUCUUUGAUUAAAUAAAAAGGAAAACCAGAA